AUGUCUGUGGCUGUGGCUAAUGAUCUCUACACUAUAAUUGACGAACAUGGCCGUAUCAUCACCUCCCGGACAAACAGCCGCCUCCUCAACGAAAUUUCCCUCUACUACUAUGAACCGACGCCUAGGCAGUAUAUGGAGACAAACUGGGCAUGCGAGGAAACUCCGUGGCAGCUUGAAGUCAUCCAGCCUCAUGUGCAACGGUGGGAUGGGGUCUUCCGCCGGUUGAACCUCACGAGGACAUCCGUCCCGGUGGUGCGUUGUGUUGGCGGCUGGGUGUUCGCAGAUCGGGAAUAUUGGGCAAAUUUGGAGGAAGCCCUGCUGUCAUUGAUUUCGAUGCUCGGUAGCAUGCUCCUGGUGCCCCUCCGCACGACAGCACCCAAGUUUCCCAGAACGUAUGGUUAUGGCAACGUCUGGCCGACUGAGGCUAAGGUCAAGUCUACGGUUAUGUACAGUCGGACCGCUUUUGCAAUGGUCAUGGGUUAUAUCGACUAUCUCCUAACUAGAAUAUAUCGGAAGAAGCCGACUCUCAUCCUGUCAGAGCUUUGCAACAGACAUGGCCUGAAUAUGCGCUGGCUGGAUUUGGUAACUAGUAGCUCGUUCCUAUCGAGUCCUAAAUCUGAUCGGGUGGGUGCAAUAUUCAACGGUCAAAACCCAGUGUCCUGGGCGCAUGAGGAGAUUAGCACCUGCACGGAACGUGGCUACCCGAUCUUCGUUUACUGGGGAUCGGUGCAGGCGUUUGGUAAGAUCGACCCACGCAACGUCCCACCAUAUCUUGCACCAUUCCUACCAUCGGCAGGGUCUGUGAAUGCAAUCCUAGCUGGACAAUCCGUCCCCUCAUCGCUGCCGGAAUGCCAGCCCUCACCGCCGCAAGUCCACUCCUCCUGGUCUUCAUGGCCCGUAUUACAGUCGUCCCCAGCUCAGUCGUCCUCGGCCCAGUCCGCCCCUGCUCAGUCAUCUACGGCCCAGUCCGCGCCUGAAAGACGAUAUGACCCACUUGGUCGUGGGUCCUAUAUUGGUGAAGGACCCCUGGAGUUCAUAGAAAGGCGAAAGGCACGCGUCGCAGAGCGUUAUGCGAAGGCGACUCGUAGUCAAGUGCAGUCGUGGAACAGCAAGGCUCAAGCUCAGCGAGACUACCCAUGCCCCGGUAAUUCAUCGAAAGCUCCUACGGUUUACCGCUGGGAAGUGUUGGACGAAGAGCGCGGCUUGCUGGUGCGGCGUGUCGUAACACGUUCUGAAGUGCCGGAUAUAUGGUUCGAGGUGCAUGAUAAAUACAAAUGGUAUGACCCCACCGAGAAUUCUUGGGACCUUUAUGAUGCUAUCCGACCGGAUCGGGUGACCGUGGAGGCUUAUGAUGAACCCGGCGUCGAUGAAGAGUACUAUGAGCCCACCCCGCCGGCAGGCUCACCUCCUACUGAUCCUGUUCCACCGCCUCCUCCAACUGCCACCCCUCCUCCG